GCAACACAACCCUGCCCGUACCAUACCGGUGGGAUGUGGCUGCAUUCUUCGAACAGGACAAUGGACUGAGCGAGGCUUAAAGAACAGUCAUGUCCAAAGCUUCUGAUUGAAGUCUUGUUCUGUCGAUCUCUCUCGGAAUUGCCCCAAAUCCAUCUGCUGUCUCUCCGUACAGUAUCGUCAGGCCGAGUCAGCAUAACCAUAGCACAAUGGUGUCUGCUUAUUUCAGCACACCGCCGGCUAACGAACUCGACGAACGGAUCGCCGCAGGAUUAUUGCUGCUGACUGGCCUUACUCCUAAUAUCAAGGACCCCCAAGAUGGAGUUACAAUUCCACCUUUCUGUCCAACAGAGAACUACCACUUUGAGACCAAAGGUCCAGCCGUCAUAGUUGCACUUUCAGUGUGUAUGGUCGUUCUCACGCUUGUCACCUUCCUAAGGCUGGGCAUCCGAUUGUUCGUCCAUGGGGUCCGUUUUGGUGCCGAUGACUGGCUCAUCAUUCCAGCGUAUCUGCUCUCCAUGGCUUACCCAGCGCUCCAGAUUGCUAUGGUUCAGUACGGCGGGGCCGGAAAGCACUUUUACGACAUCACUUAUCAAGAGUACUUCUAUUACAAAUCGCUCGCACUGUCAGCCGCGACUGUGUUCUACGUCUAUGUGGGACUUGUUAAGAUGAGCAUUGCAUUGUUCAACAUUCGACUGACAACUCUUACAACGAGGUUCUGGAAGAAUGUUAACUGGGCGUUUUUUGUUAUAUGUACGGCAUACACCUUCGCAGCGUUGUUUCUGAACGUCUUCAAGUGCACCCCUCAGUACGCGAGUUUCAACUUGCUUCGCAUCGCCGAGUCGGGCAAGGUACCGAAGUGUCUGUCCGUCAAUUCCAUAAACAGCAUCCUUCGCUUGAACCUCGCGCUAGACUUCACCGCUCUCGCCAUCCCAGUGAUUGUACUAUGGAAAGUUCAGCUGAGCUGGAAGAAGAAGGCUCGCAUCUUUGGCCUGCUGUCUAUUGGUCUGAUUGCUUGCAUCGCCUCAGUAAUGACCCUUCUCUCGCGGUAUACCCUGGAGAAGGAUCCGCUGUGGAACUACACGACUCUACUGGCAUGGAUUAUGGUCGAGCUAGUCGUCAGCCUCGCCGCGGCUUGUGCUCCUACCCUUGCCUAUCUUCUUCCGCGCUCCAUGUUCUCGAAGCAUUACGCACGCAACAGCGCUAGCAAAUUAACAGGCCCGCAACUGUUAAGGAACGACUACGCCUUGCGGUCACGUCCAGUAAAUAGAGAAGAUAGAGACAGCGAAGAGGACGAACGUCGCAUCGUCGUGAAGGGAGACAUUGAGAUAGAGUGGCAGGAUAACGAACACAGCGAUGCUCACGGUUCGCAAGUGAGCGAUUAUACGGGCGAUGAUGGUAUUUUAUUGUGCAGACUUUGA